AUGACUACUUCAUCAGUACAAUUGUUGGCUUCGGAUAAAUUAACUGGGGACAAUUAUGUUACAUGGAAAUCAAAUUUGAAUACAAUACUGGUGAUAGACGAUUUAAUGUUCGUUUUGACAAAGAAGUGUUCUUCCAUCCCUAACUCAAAUGCAAAUCAAACUGUUCGGGAAGCUUAUGACAAAUGGAUGAAGGCAAAUGAGAAAGCUCGUGUCUACAUUCUUGCCAGCAUAUUUGAUGUCUUGGCUAAGAAACAUAAAAGCAUGUAUACUGCCAAAGAGAUUAUGGAAUCUCUACAUGGGAUGUUUGGAAAACCGUCAUUCUCCCUAAGGCAUGAUGCUAUCAAAUAUGUUUAA